UUGAAUCUUAUUUUGGUGUCAGCCAUUGUCAACAGGUCAUUCAGCAACAGUUUCCUGAAGUAUAAAAUCUGGCAAACAUUUUUGCAAACUGUCUAUUGUUGUCCUGACAACGUUCGAGAAUGAAACUCAUCGUUAUCCUGUCUAUCGUUUACUUAAGUUCGGCCAAUCCGGUCGAUGUACAUUCGAAGCCAUCAGGUAAUCGCCUUCAAAUGAUUGAACAGGAAACGCUUGAUCAUCUCACCGAAUUAGUUUUGGCUUUGAAAUCAAAUGACAUUCCGAAACAUAUCGGUGAACUACCCGUGUCCCAAUUGACUGGCUGUAUUACGCCUCUGCAACGUGGAAUUAUCAAGACCUGCAUUUUCAAAUCAAACUGUAGCAACAAAUCGGGAAAUGCGACACUGUCGGAUUGCAGCAAAAUGGAAAUUCCAACUGACAAAGGGCACGAAGAUGUUUCUUCUGAUGUCGUACACCAUACAACACAUUCCAUAUUUCCCAUGGUGAUUGAAUGUGUAGUUGGAACGCUCAGUCCUCCGGGCAUGGUUGGUUUCACCAACAUUACAUAUUUGAAACAAGGAAUCAUUGACACAACUUCGCUGUCCGAGGAGCAAAGAACCAGUGCCUUACCUGUGCUGGAAUCAUGUUUGUCAUCGACUUUUACUCUCCCUCAAAUCAAUGAUAUGAAACAAUUAAGUAUGAAGUCGGGAGAAGGUAAUAGUUCGACCAUUGCGAUGAAAGCUAUGAUCUGCGCUGCGAAGGCAAUAUUACUAAACGGAUGCCCGGCCGUCGUUCAAACAAGAAUGGCUGAGCAGCAAAUUCAAAUGUCCGCCAACGUAGCUGUCAUGACUGAUAACGACUCUGCACGGUCAAACAAAGAAGUGGUUGAUGGUAACUCUUCGGUUUGCAAUAAGUCGAUGGAAACUCCUACCAAAUACAGUGAAUAACACGAUAGAAAAAACAAAUUUAUUUACCCGACGAUUGUAAUAAUGGCUAUGCAGUAUCAAGAUUCAGCAUAAAUAAUAACACAUUUUCUGUGUUCUAUAUAUCCUUUUUCCUUAUUUGUUACGCCUUCUCGAAAAGCAGUUUUCUUUCAAUAUACAAACGCAUUUAAA